AUGGCCGUGAAAAAAUUGAUAGACUCGCAAUGCGGAGGUAUUCGACAAUUUCUCAAGCCAAGUAAUAUUGGUGCUUCGAGUACUUCGCCAAACCAAGAUGAUGCGUUGGCGAUUGUUGCCAUAGUGGAAGAGCAACCGACUAAUGAAAAUUUGGACUCUGAUCAGCAAGAAGAAAAUAUCAACUCCAACAUCGGCGAUAGCAAUGUAAGUGGCUCCGAGAAUGUAGGUAAAUCAUCAGAUGCACAUGUUGAAUCUGCUAGUGUUGAUGAGCAACCGGUUUAUACUGCUGAUAUUUAUGAUCCAAGAAAUUGGGACAAUCUUGAUAAUAAAGCAAGAGAUAUUUUAGUUGAGAAAGGGCCUGUCAGAGAGGAUAAAAUGGAAUACCAUGUAGAUGAUGACGGAAGACAUUUUUCGUGCACUCAUUAUCGUAGAAAAUUAAGUAAUGGAGAGGAACAUGAUAGGAAUUGGCUAGUUUAUUCAAAAGAUGUCAACAAAGUUUUUUGCUUCUGUUGUAAGAUCUUCAAGUCUAGCACCAAUAGGAUUCAAAGUUCCUUAGCACAUGAUGGAUUAGGACAUUGGAGGCAUAUUAGUGAGAAGCUUAAAGAACAUGAAAAUAGCAUCGAGCAUAUUAAUAACAUGAACAAGUGGAAUGAAUUGAGGGUUAGACUGCGGAAAGAGGAGACAAUUGACAAGGAAUUGCAACAUCAAAUAACGAAGGAGAAAGAAUGUGGCAGGCAAGUUCUGUUAAGAAUAAUAGCCAUUGUGAAAUAUCUUGGUAAACGCAGCUUGGCUUUUCAUGGAAAUAGUGAGAAGCUUUACAAGGAUGAUAAUGGUAAUUUCUUAGCUUGCAUUGAGAUGAUUGCAGAAUUUGACAUGGUAAUGCAAGAUCACCUUAGAUGUUCUAUCAUAAAGUUGUUUCAUUUUUUGGAAUUGUUCAGCGCAUAUAUGUAUUAUUUGCUGGUUCUACAAAAAGGUGGAAUGUUUUGCUUAAACAUGUUCCUAGUUUGA